AACAAAUCGCGCAAUGUCUCUGACGUAUCAGGAGGAUAUUGACGACGGAAAGACCACAUACGAUUAUGAUUUGAUUGUAAUUGGUGGUGGUUCUGGAGGUCUGGCUGCCUCAAAGGAGGCCGCGGAUCUCGGAGCCACUGUCGCUCUAUUUGAUUAUGUAAAGCCCUCUCCUCAGGGAUCCACUUGGGGUCUCGGAGGUACGUGCGUGAAUGUCGGUUGCAUUCCCAAGAAGCUGAUGCACCAAGCCGCCAUCAUCGGCGAGUUUGUUCGCGACGCUUCCUCUUUCGGCUGGGACGUUCCCGAGGUUCACCACCACUGGAACACGCUGGUGGACAACGUGCAGGACUACAUCCGCGGCUUGAAUUACAACUACCGCGUGUCUCUGAUGUCGAAGCACGUCACCUACUAUAACCAGCUGGCCUACGUAAAGGACGCGCACACCGUGGAAGGCACGGACGUUUUCGGUGAUAAGCACAUCUACACGUGUCGCCGCAUCAUCGUGGCUGUGGGCGGUCGUCCGAACAAGCUGGGCUGCCCGGGCGAGGAGCUGGCGGUCACGAGCGAUGAUCUGUUCAUGCUGGACCAUCCCCCCAAGAAGACCCUUCUGGUGGGCGCCUCGUUCAUCGCUCUGGAGUGUGCCGGGUUCCUGCACCACCUUGGCUUCGACGUGACGGUGAUGGUGCGCUCGAUCCUGCUCCGCGGAUUCGACCAGGAAUGCGCGAACAAGAUCGGCGACUUCAUGAAGGAGGAGGGCAUCCACUUCCUGCACAACACGGUCCCCACCGAGCUGCAGCGUCUCCCGAACGGUCGCAUCCUGGUGAAGUACCAGGGCAGCGGCUUCGCGAACUCGGAGCUGCGCGGCGAGGAGGAGUUCGACACCGUGGUGAGCUGCAUCGGCCGCUACGCGGACACGGAGCGCCUGGGCCUCGACCAGCUGGGCGUGAAGACGCGGCGCGGGAAGAUCCUGUCGGUGCAGGAGCAGACGAGCGUGCCGAACAUCUACGGCAUCGGCGACGUGCUCUACGGCAAGCAGGAACUCACGCCGGUGGCCAUCCAGACGGGCAAGCUGCUGGCGCGGCGGCUGUACGGCGGCAGCAGCGUGCAGAUGGACUACGAGAACGUGCCGAUGACGGUGUUCACCCCGCUGGAGUACGGAAACUGCGGCCUGACGGAGGAGGCGGCGCUGGAGCGGUUCGGAGAGGACAACGUGGAGGUGUACGUGAGCCAGUUCACUCCGCUGGAGUGGCAGAUCUCGCCGCACCGGAGAAAGGAGGUGUGCUUCGCGAAGCUGAUCACGAAGCGCGACGACGGACUGAUCCUGGGGUUCCACAUCCUGUCGCCGAACGCGGGCGAAAUCACGCAGGGCUUCGGACUGGCGUUCCAGACCAAGGCGACGUACCAGAAUCUGAUGGAUCUGGUGGGCAUCCACCCGACCAUCGCGGAGGAGUUCACCACGCUGAGCGUCACGAAGCGGUCGGGAGCCUCCGCGAAGAAGGGAGGAUGCUGAGGUUAAGCCUUCGUUGCUGGUAGAGAGAAAGAGAGGAAGGCCAGGAACGAAGGUGAUUGAAUGAUGAGGCGGAAGGGCGAAGGUUGCGAGGCAGAGCAUAUGACGAAGGCUUCUCAAACCCGAAGGGCGGACGCUUUCUGAAGUUCUGCGGAGCGCCGGCUGCGCUUCCUUGUUGUUUUAGUAGUGUGUUGUGCUUGUUGC